AGCGGAACGGAGCGAGCGUUACACGCUAAACAAGGGAAACGCCGCGCCGUUCGCUCCCCACCGUCCACGCCGCCCGCGUCUCCUCCAGACCCGGCCGCCCACUCGCCACCGGGCCGCUCUUUAUAGCCGUCCACGCGCCCCGCAUGCACGCACGCAAGCAGCCAAGCCCUCUUCCUUCCCCUCGCGCGCGGCCCGAACGGAGCGUGAGUCUCGCCGCGGCCGAGAUAGAGGUACAAGGGGAUCGAUCGCGUCGCGGCGAUCCGUCCCGCUGCGGAUCGAUGGAGGUGAAGGUGUCCGGAUCAGGCGACGCGGCGCGGGGCGCGUCGUCCCCGACCGCCUCCGGCGCCAAGAAGCGGCCGCCCAGCCGGCUGCAGAAGCAGGCGCCGGCGUCGCUGCAGCUGGAGCAGGGCGCCGCCGGUGCGGGGCCGGGAGCGGGGGCGUGGGGCGACGGGAGGGCGAUCCCGCUCCUGUCGCCGCUCGUCACGUCGCCCGCGACGUCAGUGUGGGAGGCGGACCGGUCGGGGGCCGGCAGGAGGGAGGGAGGCGGGGAACAGGCCGACGGGAGGAACGGUGGGGAGCAGCAGCAGCGUGGCGCCGCCCGGCACGGCGGCAGCGGGGAGCGCCAGGCGCACGACGCGUCCCCCAGGCCGUCCGCGACCGCGCCUGCGGCCGGUGGGGGAUGGCGGCACCCGGCGCUCACGACGCCGGUUGCGGAGCCGGCGUCCCUCGUGCCCUUGUUCAAGUCGCAGUGCGCGGUGGAGGCGCGCAGCGCGCCGCAAUGAAGGAAGGCGGCUGCUCGACCACCAGACGACAGGCGCUCUCAUGGCAGGAGCCGCGGCGACGAUGAAGCCGCCGGCUCUCUCAUCUUGGCCGGCGGCGUGAUCUCUCCGCUAGCUUUGGCUGUGUAAUGUGCUUGCAGGUCUUUGUGAAUACUUCAACCCUCUCUGGUUUCGGCGAUGGCUUGAUGUUUGGGAAACUGUCCAUGUGACAUGGCUUCUCUAGCUUAGUCAUUAGCCAUUGUUGACAUGAUCUAAUAAAGCAUUGGCAUUCAGCUAAGGGCACGGACAACGGUUGUUCCCAAGCUGUCUAUGUAGUGCCAGGUUUCACAGUUAAAUGAGGGGAGGGAACCAUGCCACAUCGUCUCCA